AGAAAAAUGGCAGACUCAUUAAUAUUUUUUACCAUAGAAGUUCUCUUCUAAAAUGACAAAAAAACCAACCAAUGUAUGGCAAUAUGAGCAACAGAUAGCUAAGAAAUUGAGGGCAAUCUUUGUUAGCACCUCAUUGGCAAUCCUCUUAUAUACUGACCAACCCCAAACACACUGUUCUGACUGUGAGAACUGAGAAGAGAUUAAGUCAGGAUUCUGGUUUCUUUUGAUUUUCCAAAGAUGGAUGCUUCUUCUUCUUUUUCCAUUACCCAAGAGGAGCUCAACUUAUUUCACCAAAUUGACAGGCGGCUGUAUACCAUCCUUGUGAUGAAUCUGUGGAGAGACCCUGUUGAAUCCAUUCAGGUCAUGGCCUUAUGGCUCUGGCUUGAGAGGGUAGGCUUCUAUGAUGUCGUGCACAGGAUGCUGGCCUUGCCUUAUGCCCUAGUGAAUGAGCUAGCUGACGAGGCUGUCACUUGUCUGAACAUUAUCAGCAACAACAACGAUCAACAUGCUGCUAGUUCUUCCUCCGAAGCAAAUGAGAUCCCUCUGACCCAGAACUUCAUGAGGAAGGAUAUAUCCAUCCCCUUUUUUCAUGAGCACAGGCUGCUUGCAACCCAAGGGAUUUCAAGAGUCAUGAAUGAGGUCUGUAUCAGGGCAUUAUCAGACAUAAUGCAAGAGGCUGUAAGAAGGAAUGCUGCCCAAAAAACGGCUGAUAGCCAGACUAUGAUGCCAAAUCCUUUGCAGCAAUCUGUUUUUCUUCCCCAGCUGGUGGUGGGGCAGCAUGAGAUUUGGGGUAGCCCAGAACCUCGUAUGGUACCUCCUGGGGUUCCCCCAGAAGACAGGACAAUGUUUGUGACCUUCUCCAAGGGGUACCCUGUGACUGAAUCUGAAGUGAGGGAAUUUUUCACCAGGAGCCAUGGGGAUUGCAUUGAGUCCUUCCAUAUGCAGGAAGUGCAUCAGCCACAGGACCAGGCUCUCUUUGCUAAGAUUGUCUUCAAAUCUGCAGCUAGCAUCGAUAAGAUCCUCAAUGGAAUGAGCAAAGUCAAGUUUGCUAUCAAUGGGAAGCAUGUCUGGGCUAGAAAGUUUGUGCCGAAGAGUCCCAGACCAAACUUGCCAACGCCGACGCCAAUGCCGAUGCAAGUGCCAAUUCAGUUUGGUACCCAAUUCCCUUUUGGGUUUUGAGUUCUUGUCAUUCUCCAUAACUUGAGUUAAGGUUUAAUAAAACUGUUUCCCAUUUGCAGUAUAGGGAAAUUCAUGAGCUGCAAAGAGUCUCUCGUUUUUUCCUUGUUUUUGAUUUUUAAUCGGGGAAAAAUUAGUGCAAUGUUUGGUCUUAGAGAUGGAAAUUAAGGGAGGGUUCUUUCCAUGAGAUACCAAAUCAAUUCAGUGUUGUAAC